AUGAUUUCAACCUGGUUUUCUCGUUUCGGCGUACCACAACGCAUUACAUCCGAUCAAGGACGCCAGUUUGAAUGCCAACUCUUCUCAUCGUUGAGCAGAUAUUUGGGAUUUCAAACCUCUAGGACAACUGCUUACCAUCCACUAGCGAACGGACUGAUUGAGCGUCAACACAGAACUAUAAAAGCCGCCCUGAGAUGCCAUUUGCAACAAAAUAAAUCUUGGGUUGACGCUUUACCUUUUGUUCCGGCACUAAAAGAAGAUAUCGGAUAUUCUUCAGCUGAGCUUCUUUACGGAAGUCCUUUCUGUUUACCUGGAGAAUUUGUUACUAAAAUCCCAAAUGUCACGCACUCAGACUUCGUGCAUAGACUACAAAGUAUCAUACGUAGCAUGAAACCUUCUGCAACGACUACUCAUUGCACUAAAGCCGUAUUCGUUUCAAAACAACUUUCGAAUUGCUCGCAUGUAUUCAUCUACAAUAAUGCUGGCACUUCUUCAUUGCAACCAGUUUAUCUUGGUCCUUACGUUGUCAAGCUCCGAACAUCGAAAUACUUUGAUAUUGAAAUCAAUGGAAAAGUCAAAAGAAUUUCAAUUGAUAGGCUAAAGCCAUGCUUUACUAUACAGGACAAUACCGAGCAUUCGCCUGAUACUCACAAACCAAGGGUUGACACAGAUUCACACCCUCAGUGCGAACCCCAGGAACAAAUCUCGUCCUCUAACAACCACAAGCAAACCACACGUAGUGGAAGAACCGUCAGGUUCCCACCUCAUUUAGAGGAUUAUGUUUCUUAA